CGAGGACAGCCCCCUCCGAACCAAACCCGUAAGGCCGUAAACGAGAAAACGAGAGCGAUCGGAGAUGUUUCAGGAAAAUCUCUGGAUGAUGGGCGGCAACUUCUCGCCGUCGCCAUCUCCCUUCCCCUCGCCUUGGACUCGGGUUCAGGACAAGCUCUUCGAGCGGGCUCUGGUCACCUUCCCGGAAGGGACCCUGGAUCGGUGGCAGAAGAUCGCUGGACAGGUGCCCGGGAAGACGGCUUUGGAGGUUAGAGAUCACUACGAGGCUCUGGUUCACGAUGUGCAGGAGAUCGACUCGGGACGGGUGGAGGUUCCGGACUACGCGGAUAACUCGUUCACGCCGAGUUGGGCUUCCGAGUGCCAGGCGAGUCAGAUCUCAUUUGGGUCGAAGCCGCCUAGGCAGACGGAAACGGAGAGAAAGAAAGGGGUUCCCUGGACGGAGGAGGAGCACAGAAUUACCAAUUUACCAUGGAGAACGGAGAUGGGACGCCGCUGCCCGUUGGAUGAACCAGAAAACUCGAAGCCCACUGUUUUUUUGAUACAUGCGGCGGGCCUGUAGCGUGUUGGGUGUAAAGACAUAGUUGCCCAUGGACUAUAACAGACAAAUGUUGGAAACCUUUGUUUUUAAUAUGGAUAUUUUUGUCCUGGGAAUUUUACAAAGAGAAAUAUUUCCUGGGAUUAUUUAUCCAUGGCAAAGAGAAGAGGGCGCUUGGUGCAAGUGCAACAAGAAUUCAGUACCGGACAGGAAACCUCUUUUGAACUUGCCUUCUAAGCCUGGACUCUCGCUAGAAACGGCAUUAAUGGGCCCACCAAGUCAUGGCCCAUUUAGCGAAGGUGGAUGAACUGUCCAAGUCGAUGGCCCAUUGUGUCUGACAGAUAGACUUGAAGAAGGCCCAACAAGUCAUACCGUACAGCUGGCGCGCAUGCAGGUUGUUGGACUCAUUGGGUCCCACAUUUAAUCUUGUUCACGAUUCACAUUCAUGGGCUGUACUCGUGAUUGUAUGUACUGACUCCUGUCGGAGUCGGUUCUCAUUCUUUGACCGCAAUCCAUUAAUUAGAUUAAUCCUAUGUGCCCCCAUCGUUAUCUGGUUCGGGUUGAGUAAUGGAAAGAGAGGCAACAAACCCGACGCCAAAGGGAGAUUUCAACCAA